AUGACUUUUUAUUCCAAGCUAACCCUUGCAAUCAACCUUGCUUUUUUGCCAGAGACAUCAGAUGUGGCGGUCAAGGCAGUGGAUUACUUGAAAGAUGAGGGGACUGAUCUUGUUCAAGAGAGAUUGAAGGUUGAAAAAAAUGAGAUUAUUGCUUUUUACUUCUUUGGAAAUCACAAUGGUGGCAACUUUAUUUUCCCAUCCUUAGGUGUGGCUCUCACUGGUCUUCAUGGCUACUCUGUACACGGCCCUUUCAGGAUCCUCUACCAUGGGGUGGCGCAAUACCAUUUCAAACAAGAUAUUCCGGAUGCCCCUUACUGA